UGUUUUGCUCUUCUUAGUUCAGUCACUCGGUGCGCGAUGUGUUACUCACUGUGCGGCGGGGACCGCGACGAGCCCGGGUCGCCGUUGGCAGCACCAGCAGCAGCAGCCCCGGCGGCGGCGGCGCGGACCCCGAGUACCGGGGCACACCCCGGCACCCCGGAGCGCGGCGCGGCGGCAGGACCCGUGCGGCCGGGCGCGCCUUAGGCUCGGCCCCGAGGCUCGGGGACCCCCGACUCUCGGCCCAUCCCGCGAGCCCCAGGCGCCGCCCGAGAGCCCGGGAGGCAGCGGCCGCUACCGCCGCCGCCGCCCGCGCCGGGCAUCCUCUGGGGCCCCGGAGCGCGGAGGGCGCUGCGCCACCGCGCGGUGCCGGCCCCCCGCCCUCCACCCGGCGGGCCUCCCCGAACCUUCCCCACCUCCUGGGCCCGAGGGACGCGGGCUCCGGCGGGCGAGCAGGGGGGGAGGGAGCCGCCCGCGCCCCCUCCGCUCCCCCCGGCCCCUCCACGCCGGGCCGAGCGGCGCGGCCUGAAGCGCCGGUGAUGGCGAGCCCGCCGAUGAACGGGCGCCCCGGGCCGGCGGGUGGCGACGGCCCCAACCUCAACCUCAACCACAACAACAACAACAACAACAGCGGCGUGCGCAAGUGCGGCUACCUGCGCAAGCAGAAGCACGGCCACAAGCGCUUCUUCGUGCUGCGCGGACCCGGAGCGGGCGGCGACGAGGCGGCGGCGACAGCGGGCGGGGGGCCGGCGCCGCAGCCGCCGCGGCUCGAGUACUACGAGAGCGAGAAGAAGUGGCGGAGCAAAGCGGGCGCCCCGAAGCGGGUCAUCGCGCUCGACUGCUGCCUGAACAUCAACAAGCGCGCCGACGCCAAGCACAAGUACCUGAUCGCCCUCUACACCAAGGACGAGUACUUCGCAGUGGCGGCCGAGAACGAGCAGGAGCAGGAGGGCUGGUACCGCGCGCUCACCGACCUGGUCAGCGAGGGCCGAGCGAGCGCCGGCGACGCGCCCCCCGCCGCCGCCGCCGCCGCCGCCCCCUCCGCGUCCUGCAGCGCCUCCCUGCCCGGCGCCCUGGGCGGCUCGGCCGGCGCCGCCGUCGCCGCCGCGGCCGAUGACAGCUACGGGCUGGUGGCGCCCGCCACGGCCGCCUACCGUGAGGUGUGGCAGGUGAACCUGAAGCCCAAAGGCCUGGGCCAGAGCAAGAACCUGACGGGCGUGUACCGCCUGUGCCUGUCGGCGCGCACCAUCGGCUUCGUGAAGCUCAACUGCGAGCAGCCGUCGGUGACGCUGCAGCUGAUGAACAUCCGCCGCUGCGGUCACUCGGACAGCUUCUUCUUCAUCGAGGUGGGCCGCUCGGCCGUGACGGGCCCCGGUGAGCUGUGGAUGCAGGCAGACGACUCGGUGGUGGCGCAGAACAUCCACGAGACCAUCCUGGAGGCCAUGAAGGCGCUCAAGGAGCUCUUCGAGUUCCGGCCGCGCAGCAAGAGCCAGUCGUCCGGCUCGUCGGCCACGCACCCCAUCAGCGUCCCCGGCGCGCGUCGCCACCACCACCUGGUCAACCUGCCCCCCAGCCAGACGGGCCUGGUGCGCCGCUCGCGCACCGACAGCUUGGCCGCCACACCGCCGGCCGCCAAGUGCAGCUCGUGCCGGGUGCGCACGGCCAGCGAGGGCGACGGCGGCGUGGCGGCGGGGGCCGGGGCGGCGGGCGGCAGGCCGGUGUCGGUGGCGGGGAGCCCCCUGAGCCCGGGGCCGGUGCGCGCGCCCCUGAGCCGCUCGCACACCCUGAGCGGCGGCUGCGGCGGCCGCGCGAGCAAGGUGACGCUGGCGCCGGCAGGGGGCGCCCUGCAGCACAGCCGCUCCAUGUCCAUGCCCGUGGCGCACUCGCCCCCGGCGGCCGCCACCAGCCCCGGCAGCCUGUCGUCCAGCAGCGGGCACGGCUCGGGCUCCUACCCGCCGCCCCCGGGCCCGCACCCGCACAUGCAGCACCCCCUGCACCCCCAGCGACCCUCCAGCGGCAGCGCCUCGGCCUCGGGCUCCCCCAGCGACCCUGGCUUCAUGUCCCUGGACGAGUACGGUUCGAGCCCUGGGGACCUGAGAGCCUUCUGCAGUCUCAGGAGCAACACGCCCGAGUCCAUCGCCGAGACGCCCCCGGCCAGGGACGGCAGCGGGGGCGAGCUGUACGGGUACAUGACCAUGGACCGGCCCCUGAGCCACUGCGGCCGACCCUACCGCAGAGUCUCCGGGGACGGGGCCCAGGACUUGGACAGGGGGCUGAGGAAGAGGACCUACUCCCUGACCACGCCUGCCCGGCAGCGGCCAGUGCCCCAGCCCUCCUCCGCGUCCCUGGAUGAAUACACCCUGAUGCGGGCCACCUUCUCCGGCAGCUCAGGCCGCCUCUGCCCGUCGUGCCCCGCGUCCUCCCCCAAAGUGGCCUACCACCCCUACCCCGAGGACUACGGCGACAUCGAGAUCGGGUCGCACAGGAGCUCCAGCAGUAACCUGGGCACGGACGACGGCUACAUGCCCAUGACCCCCGGCGUGGCCCUCGCGGGCGGCGGCGGGAGCUGCAAGAGCGACGACUACAUGCCCAUGAGCCCCACCAGCGUGUCCGCCCCGAAGCAGAUCCUGCAGCCGCGCGCCGCCGUCGCGGCCUUGCCCCCCACGGGAGCCGCGGGGCCCACGCCCGCGUCUGCCGCCAGCAGGGCCUUCCCGGGGAGCGGGGGCGGCUACAAGACCAGCUCCCCGGCCGAGAGCUCCCCGGAGGACAGCGGGUACAUGCGCAUGUGGUGCGGAGGCUCCAAGCUGUCCGUGGAGAGCGCCGCCGACGGCAGGCUGCUUCCAAACGGGGACUACCUCAACAUGUCCCCCGGCGACGCGGGAGCCUCGGGCACCCCGCCCGACUUCUUCUCGGCCGCCCUGCACGCCGGCGGCGGCGGGGAGAUGCUCCGGGGCGUCCCCGGCUACUGCUACAGCUCCCUGCCGCGCUCCUACAAGGCCGCCUACACCUGCAACGGGGACAACGACCAGUACGUGCUCAUGAGCUCCCCCGUGGGGCGCAUCCUGGAGGAGGAGCGGCUGGAGUCGACGGCCGGCCCGGGGUCCACGCAGCCAGCCGGCGCCUUCGCGGCCGGGGCAGGGGGCGGCGGCGGCCACCCGCAGCCACCCCACCCGGCGGUGCCUUCGCCCGGGAGGCCCGGUGGCAGCGGCAGCGGCCGCCUGGAGGGCUUCCUGGGCCAGCGCUGCCGGGCCACGCGGCCCACGCGCCUGUCCCUGGAGGGGCUGCAGACCCUGCCCCGCAUGCACGAGUACCCCCUGCCGCCCGAGCCCAAGAGCCCGGGCGAGUACAUCAACAUCGACUUCGGCGAGGCGGGCGCGCGCCUGUCGCCGCCCGCGCCCCCGCUGCUGGCCUCGGCCGCCUCGUCGUCGUCGCUGCUGUCCGCCGGCAGCCCGGCCUCAUCGCUGGGCUCGGGCACCCCGGGCACGAGCGGCGACAGCCGGCAGCGCUCCCCGCUCUCCGACUACAUGAACCUCGACUUCAGCUCGCCCAAGUCACCCCAGCCGGGCGGCCAGGCCGGGGACCCCGUGGGCUCUCUGGACGCCCUCCUGUCCCCCGAGGCCUCCGCGUACCCGCCGCUGCCCCCGCGCCCCGCCGCCCCCUCCUCGGCCCUGCAGCCGGCGCCCCCGCCGCCCCCGCCCGGAGAGCUGUACCGCCUGCCUCCGGCACCACCCUCCCAGGGCCCUGGCGCGGCCUCCUCUCCAUCCUCGGGGGCGGGCGACAGCGGCGACUACACCGAGAUGGCCUUCGGCGUGGCUGCCACGCCGCCGCAACCGAUCGCCGCGCCCCCGAAGCCCGACGGGGCCCGCGUGAGCAGCCCCGUGUCCGGCCUGAAGAGGCUAAGCCUCAUGGACCAGUUGUCGGGGGUCGAGGCCUUCCUGCAAGCCAGCCAGCCCCCAGACCCGCACCGCGGGGCCAAGGUCAUCCGUGCGGACCCGCAAGGGGGCCGCCGCCGCCACAGCUCGGAGACCUUCUCCUCGACCACCACUGUGACCCCCGUGUCCCCGUCCUUCGCCCACAACCCCAAGCGCCACAACUCGGCCUCGGUGGAGAACGUGUCUCUCAGGAAAAGCGGCGAAGGGGGCGGCGGCAGCGUCCUGGGUGGCGGUGACGAGCCCCCCACGUCCCCCCGCCAGUUGCCGCCGCCGCAACACCCACAGGCGCGGCCCUGGACGCCGAGCCAGCCCGGGGGCUUGGUCGGCUGCCCCGGGGGCAGUGGCUCGCCGAUGCGCCGGGAGACUUCUGCUGGCUUCCAGAACGGCCUCAACUACAUCGCCAUCGACGUGAGGGACGAGCCGGGGCUGUCGCCGUCCCCGCAGCAGCCUCAGCAGCAUCCUCAGACGGGAGACAAGAGCGCCUGGGGCCGGACCCGGAGCCUCGGGGGCCUCAUCGGCGCGGUAGGGGCCGGCAGCACCGGCGGGGUGUGUGUGGGGCCCGGCCCUGGCGCCCUGCCCUCCGCCAGCACCUACGCCAGCCUCGACUUCUUGACGCAUCACCUGAAAGAGGCCACGGUCGUGAAAGAGUGAAGAUCUGCCUGGCUUUAUCCCCAUGACGACACACAUCAGAGAAAAACAUGAACAGAAGAUGCUCAGCAUUUUUUUAAAAUCUGAAGCUGCUCAGCUUCCUUUUGAAUCUGAGCGAUUACCACACGUGGACGCCUCUGGGUUAGACGUGGAACCGUCUCUGUCCCUCGUUCCCACAGGGGGCAUUCAUCCUUGUGCUGGUCGUGUUGUGUUUUGUUUUUCGACGAAAUUAGCGGAAGGAGUGAUUCACGAGAAAAUUGGACGUUUUCCUCGGCCUUUUCCGUUGUGGCCAGUGUCUUAAUUUCUCCUUAACUUUCAUUUUGGCAAAGCAGAUAUAUCCCUCAGCAUGCUAGGAGAUUCCACCAAUUCGCAUCAAAGUGGUAAAGUCUGGUAUUUACUGGCAUCCUCUCAAAACUACCACCGUCCUACCUCAGUUCCAGGUGAAGCCAGAUCGGCGUGGUCAGGGGCCGGCAGGACGUCUGGGUACCGAGAGUCCCAGCACGGCCAUCUGCCUCAUCGAACAGGCCCGGUACACAGCUGCUUGUCAGACUCCAACCCAGGUACCUGCGUGUUUACUCACAGACAGAGCCCAGCGUGGGACUGACGUUUCCCAACGGAGAUGAAAUUUGAGAUUGGACUUUGAAGAUGGAUGGAUAAAUAAUAAUUAUUAUAUGUAACUGAAGCAACCUACUUUGGAAAACCAUCAGCUGUAUUGGGGGAUGGGGGGUGGGAGGGGCGGGGUCUGGGAAGGGGGUGAGUAUCUCUUUUUACCUUUAACAGACUUGUUUAAUCUUCUCUCUGUAGAUGUUUAUGUAGGUACUACAAAUUGCAAACGCCUUUGAUCCUACUUACAAGCUCAAACGUCUCUGCUCUCCUUAAUCCUGAGCUUGCAUUUCUCUAACCAAAAAUUCACGUAGGCAUGCUAGCGGUUCAAGGCUGGUCAAGGGUUUGGCAGAUUUCUUUUAAAAUGUAUUAUCUUUACUAUGAUGCUAUUGUGUCUGGCAACGAGGCUGCCCUCAACAACAACAACAACACACACACACACACACACACACACACACACAAAGGAACUGAUAAAAGAGGCAUUCUGGCCCCUAUGUUAUUAAUAGACAAGGAAGAAGAAAAACAAUCUUACAGUACAUGUCACUUGUGAAAACAAUUCCCGACAAAGGCUACCCCUAUUGCACAUGUUUUCAGUGUGGUGGCAGUUACCGCGGGUGUCGCGGAAGACCGCUGCCCUUGACCUGCAGGAUGUCACGGCAUCUCUCUGCUGCCUUGACACGUCGGGGGAGCUCUAGAGACCCCCUCCCGUGUCUGGGUCCCCAGUGCCUCUUCUCUGAGAGUCCUGUAGAGGUUACACGAAUUCAUUGGAGAUACGAGUUGGGGUUUUUUUUUUGGGGGGGGGGGUGGGAGAAAAAUAUAUAUAAAUAUAUAGAUAGAUAUCACUAUAGAAUAAUGCAUUCAUAAAAUGAGGCUUUUCUAGAGGAAGACCAAAAAAUUCAAUGUCUUAAACAUGUAUUUAAUCGCAAUGCAAAAGUCUUUCUCCUGCCAUGCUGACCUUUUAGAACAGAGGAUUGUACCGCAAGACAAAGUUGAAUGUAAAGUGAUCGCCCUGAGCAUUUUCCAAGUUUCACUUUUCUAGAGAAUCACACAGCACAACAGUGCGUAAACUAUACCACGUUAGUUUGAUGGUCAUUUUCAGUGUGUAAUAUAGAGAGACUUUAUUAAAAUGUAUAAAAUGUCCUAAAGUUUUGGUUUAGUUUUGGGACUCGGGAUGGAUGGAGUUGCUAUGGAAACCACCCCCCACACCCCCCCCCCCGUAGAUAGGACUGAACGUGGGCGCUGCUGAUCGCAGUGUCUGACUCGUAUUUAAGUAGCUCUCCCCAUCCUUCACGUGGUCCUGCCACCCUUCCCAUGGUUCAUGUUCCUCCUGCAACUUUAAACAAGCGAAGUAAAAAGUUGAUAAUAUACUAAAUUUUCUUCUAUCCUGUACAUUUCAAAAAAAAAGGCAUAUGCAAUAUUUACAUUUUUAAUUUAGUUUACAGAAUGGAACCAAAAUGUAUAAAUGUUAUGUUUGUUAAAACUUCACAAUGUAUAUUGGGUCUUUGUACAUUUUGCCUGACUUACCUUAAAUUUAAAAUAUUUUUUGCUAUAUAAACUUUAACAGUUAUUAAACAGUGUUUUCUUUUGGGGUACGUAUUGUUUCUGGAGAUCAAGAUGUUAAAUAUAUUUCUUGCUAUUGUGAUAUGACAAAAGACUGACCUUCUCUUGCUGUCUUCCACUGUCCUUGCUGUAUAUAAGGGCCUGUAUGGCACUGCUGGAAACCAGACUCAAUGGAACUAGACUAGUGCAUUGUAUUUAGUCUGUAAUGAUCAUGGAUGCUCUCCUUAAUAGCCAUAUGCAAUACAAUAAAAUACAUUAUUUAUGAAACGAAGAAAGCCUGGAGAACGCUUUUUCCUGGGUGGAUAAUGAAGUUGACAUCAAGCCACUCUUCUGGUGUUUGGGGUCGUUAAGUAAAUAUUUGGUUCUUUAAAAACACUUGGUGACUGUGUGACCUCUUCACUUAAUAUGUGUAUUCUGGAAACCAGAAAAUACCCCACACGUCACAACAUUUAUGAAAAGUCGAUGUGUUCAUUAAAAAAAUAUUUUACU